CGGUUACGUAAGAGGUGAUGUUAUAUAACGUUUGGGGUUCAGUCGGUAGUGCCAUGUCCGUGAGGAGACCAGUACGUUCGCCCUUGCCAGACGACGAAAGGGAGAAUUCAGAUCCUGAGAGUGAUGCCCACCACUAUUAUAUCCCUACCAAAUAUGAUAUGUUUGAUUUACGUCGAAGCCGUAUUCUACCCGAAAAGCUGUUUAAAGUAAUAAUUAUUGGAGACCCAACAGUAGGCAAGACUUCCUUCAUUCAACGCUACGUUCAAAACUCGUUUACCAAAGAGUACAAAGGAACAGUAGGAGUUGAUUUCGCUCUAAAAGUCGUACACUGGUAUGACUCUCAAGUCGUCAAACUUCAACUUUGGGACAUUGCAGGACAAGAAAGGUUUACAUGGAUGACAAGAGUGUAUUACAAAGAUACACACGGAUGCGUCAUCAUGUUCGACUUGACAAAUAAAAAUUCUUUUGAAAACACACUGAAAUGGAAAAAAGAUCUUGAUGGUAAAUGUACCCUCAGUGACGGUAGCCCUGUGCCGUGUAUGCUAUUGGCAAAUAAGUGCGAUUUGCAAGACAGAAAAGUCCACCAAGCAGACAUUGAAUCAUUUCACAAGGAGAAUAACUUCAUUGGCUGGACUGAGACAUCUGCUAAAGAAGGUUUGAUGGUCAACGAUUCAAUGAAAUUUCUCAUUGAAGUCAUGAUGCAACAUGAAGGGGUUAAUUCAACAAUUAAUCACAAAAAGAGUUCUCUUCAACUUGUAAACCAAGAAGAGAAAAAAAGAAGAAAUUGCAUUUGCUAAAUCUUUCAGAGAUUUCUGAAUACCGAGACUGAUUCAGUACCAGUUUUUAUUUUGGUUCCAUUACCUUAAAUCUAAGACCACUGAUUAAUGUUUUGCUAUUCAAUACUUCUCAGCAUUUAAUCAUUAUGAGUGAGAAUUAAAAUGGGGCACAAUAUUAUUAAAAUAGGGCACAAAACCAUACCUAUUUCAAUGUUACUGUAACUCUCAAUACAGAAGUCCUUUAAAUUGGAUUACCAUAGAUAUUUUUACUUUCAAUUGGGGGGAGCCAAUGUUGGUAUUUUGAAAAUAGGCCUUACAAUGAAGUUCAUUCAAAAGAUAAAAGUUUUUGGCCUCAUGUUUACAGAAUUUACUAAACCAUAUAGUAUAUCUUUUAAUAAAGAUAGCCCAUUUACAUUUAUAAAUGCUAACCUCAUUUACAGAUUAAAUUAUUUAUUAAACAUCCUUUACCAUCCACAAGAACAUUUUUCAGAAACUAAAAUAUUGUUUUGGCUUUCAUAUACAAUGAGGCAAUGGUUUUGUGUAAAAAUUUAUAAAAUGAUAAAAACAGCUCUGAUUGUUAUAUUUGGUUACUAGUCUUAAAUCUGAAGUGAUGCCAGAUGUAACAAACCAUACUCCUGAAGUGUUUGGGAGGUAUAUGAAUUUGUAAUUUUAAGGCACUUGUUAACUGAUUUAAUUGAAUAUAUAAUUAAUUUUUAUAAGAUUCAAUGUUUACAAAAAUAUGAAAAUGUUUACUGCCUUAAUAUAUUUAAAGUUAGUUCUUUGUUGUUAAAAUAUUUGUUGUAUGAUUGUCUAUUGAUUAAAAGUUUAAAAAUGAAAUAUCCUACAAUAAUUUCCCAAUGUCACCACUGAAAAAUGAUAUAAAAGAAAUAAUUACAUAAUAAUAAUUUUCAAAGAAUAAAUGUGAAUAUAUGUAGCAGAGUUUGCAUAAAAAUUGAAAUUAUUAUAGCAAAAAGAUUAUUUAAUUUCAUUUUAGUACUUAAACAUAUAAUAUUAUUCUAUAUAUAUAUAUAUAUAUUUUUAUUUUUGUUAAGUAAUUGCAAGAAUAUAUUAAAACACUUGUAUUUCAAUACAGACUCUUGACAAUUCUAA